AUGGGGGCGCUUCUUUCGCGUCUGAAAGGCAAACUGUUCGGAACACGCGAACUCCGUGUAUUGAUGCUUGGCCUUGAUAAUGCUGGAAAAACUACCAUUCUGUACAAGCUCAAACUCCAUCGCAACGUCAAGACAAUACCAACGGUAGGAUUUAAUGUCGAAACCAUAACGUUCAAAAAUAUAAAGUUCAAUGUUUGGGAUGUAGGUGGCCAAGAUAAAAUUCGGCCCCUAUGGCGGCACUACUAUACAGGAUCUCAGGGUCUCAUUUUCGUGGUGGAUAGCCGCGACCGUGCAAGAAUGGACGAAGCUCGGGAAGAGCUUCACCACGUUCUGUCAGACAGAGAAAUGCAUCAUUGUGUUUUGCUUGUGUUUGCUAAUAAACAGGACCUUGCAGGCGCCAUGUCACCACAAGAAGUGACCGAACGCCUAGGUCUUUAUGCGAUUCAGGAUCGUCCAUGGUUUGUGCACCCUAGCUGUGCAGCGACAGGCGAAGGUCUUUCCGAAGGCUUGCAAUGGAUGAGUCAAAAUAUUCCAGAUAUGCGAAUGUAA